AUGAGCGCGCCGCGGGAAAUCGGGACUUUCGUGGUGUGGGACUACUUGGUAUUCGCCGGGAUGCUGCUCAUCUCUGCUGCCAUCGGCGUUUACUAUGCCUUCGCUGGGGGUGGCCAGCAGACCUCCAAGGACUUCCUAAUGGGAGGCCGGAAGAUGACCGCCGUGCCUGUGGCGUUGUCCCUCACCGCCAGCUUCAUGUCUGCGGUCACGGUCCUUGGGACUCCCUCGGAGGUCUAUCGCUUUGGGGCCAUAUUCACCAUCUUUGCCUUCACUUACGCCUUAGUGGUCAUUCUCAGCGCCGAGAUCUUCCUGCCAGUCUUUUACAAGCUGGAAAUUACCAGCACCUACGAGUAUUUAGAGCUUCGUUUUAAUAAACACGUUCGCCUCUGUGGAACUAUUCUAUUCAUUGUUCAAACGAUUCUGUAUACUGGAAUUGUUAUUUAUGCUCCAGCUCUUGCUUUGAAUCAAGUUACUGGAUUUGAUCUGUGGGGCGCGGUCGUUGCCACUGGGGUGGUCUGCACUUUCUACUGUACAAUGGGUGGCCUCAAAGCUGUUGUCUGGACAGAUGUUUUCCAAGUUGGCAUCAUGGUAGCAGGAUUUGCAUCCGUGAUCAUACAGGCUGUUGUGGUUCAAGGUGGGAUUAACAAUAUUCUAAAUGAUUCCUAUCAUGGAGGAAGACUGAACUUCUGGGACUUCAAUCCAAGUCCUUUGCAAAGACAUAGUUUUUGGACAAUCAUUAUUGGCGGGACCUUCACGUGGACCUCCAUCUAUGGUGUUAACCAAUCCCAAGUCCAGCGGUACAUUGCCUGCAAAAACAGAUUCCAUGCAAAACUGUCUCUUUAUAUAAAUCUCAUAGGACUCUGGGCAAUUCUCACCUGUGCAGUAUUCUGUGGGCUUGCCCUUUAUUCAAGGUACCAUGACUGUGAUCCUUGGACAGCGAAGAAAGUGACGGCCCCUGACCAGGUUCAGUACUAUUAGAUACUUAACAUUUUAUGGGAUUAUAAACAAUGUUUAAAUUUAUUUAAAAAAUAAAAGAUUUUCCUUUCUUUCUCCAGCACAGUGUCAUCCAGCAUCAAUGCCUUAGCUGCAGUAACAGUGGAAGAUCUUGUCAAACCUCACUUCCGGUCACUUUCAGAAAAGACUCUGUCUUGGUUUUCAAAAGGAACAAGCGUGCUGUAUGGAGCCCUGUGCAUUGGAAUGGCAGCCCUGGCAUCGCUCAUGGGAGCCUUGUUACAGGCAGCACUAAGUAUCUUUGGCAUGAUUGGUGGGCCACUUUUGGGCUUGUUUUCUCUGGGCAUCUUGGUCCCCUUUGCCAACUCAAUUGGGGCAUUUGUAGGACUCACUGCUGGAUUUGUCAUUUCCCUUUGGGUUGGAAUUGGAGCUCAACUUUAUCCUCCCCUUCCAGAGAGGACUUUACCUUUGAGCCUUGUUACUGAUGGUUGUAACACUACCAGCUUAGAUCAGCAGGGGAACUGGACAAUGGCUACCACGGAAAUGCCAUUUUCUACGAGUGCUUUUCAAAUUCACAAUGUUGAAAGAACUCCCCUAAUGGAUAACUGGUAUUCCUUAUCAUAUCUGUACUUCAGCACCGUUGGAACACUGGUCACUCUAUUUGUGGGAAUAAUUGUUAGCCUCCUAACAGGAGGAAGAAAACAGUGUGUAGAUGACAGAUUCCUACUGACAAAAGAAGACUUUUUAUCCAACUUUGACUUUUUAAAGAGGGAGAAGCUAAUUUUAAACCACGAACCUUAUGCAAUGGAAGAUGGUGGCACUUUUAACCCUGCCUACAACCACAUUGAAAUGACCUUCACAGAAGGGAAUGGAAAGACCUAUCGGCCACAUUUCUGAGGCAGCUCUCAGCCUGGAUGAACUUGAAUGCCUUGAUGUUUUUUACAUUUUUUUCUAAGAUGAUUGCAUUGUCUUUAGACUUUGUUUUAGAAUACCUCUGACAUUUUUGUACCUUCUGUUGACUGGAUAAACCUAACCAAGUCACUGUACCCAGUGCUCUAAAUAACUCUCUAUAAGACUGUAAGGUACAAAGAAGAUGCUGACCUGCAUUGGGAGAGAGUUUCCUCACUUGGGAGUUCCCUAUGCCAAUGAAAUCACAGGCCAGUCUUUAUCCCUAUCCCUAUAUCUAUACACUUUCGGAUCCACUUUGACUAAUGUGGCAGCACUUCUGGGCUUUUGAUCAUGUCUCAUCCUAGUAU